UCUGUCCGAACAGCCGCAGCGCCUCCUCCUGAAUGAUACCACUGUCAAGACUCGCCACCUUAACACGACCAACGGACCAAAUAACACUACUAACGCCAUCGACACCUCUAGUUUUCCAAACUCUACAGGCGGCUCAGUGCACAGGAACGAGUCCGGCUCGGGGCUGCGUUCUUGGGCAGCGGGAGGAGGAGCGGGGUCAGAGCUUGGAAAUCAGCUCUCCAACGGUACCCUGUCUGGCGCCCAGCACCCCCACAGCGAGGGCCCGACAGGGGGCUUCUCUAAGCCCUGGGGGGCCUCGGGCCCUGGAGACACUGUGAACGUCCAGGGACACGGCCAGCCCUCCCCUGCUGCUGCUGUUUACAACAGUAAAACUAACAGCAAGGCCCCUGUAGGGAGGUGGGACUCUGCUUCUCCUCACAACUUGGGGACUGGAGGAGGGGCGAGCAAUGGGAACGGACUGGGUCCUGCCGGGGUCCCCCGGCCAUGGGCCUCCUCUUCUUCAUCUGGCUCCUCUUCUAACAGGCAACCCCCCAAUGGGGAGUGGAGCUCGUUGCCCGGUAACAAAUCUCAGGAUUCCGGCGACGGACGGAAGUCAGGGGGAGGAGCCAACGGCUGGAAGAGUCUUGAAGACGACGCUCUCAGGAUGGGAGGAGGAGGAGGAGUGCAGGGACCUGCGAGCGUUGGGGCGUCUGGCGGCAGUGAGGGGAGUGGGGAGAGCUCUGGAGGCCGUAGCUUAGACAGGGACAGGAACGACCCCCGUCGACAAGGCCCCCUCCCUGGGUCUACUCAAGUCCUCUUCUGUUCAGACGUGGACCCGCGUGUCCUCUGCAACACCGGCUGGGGCCAGACCCCAGUACGCCAGAACACCGCCUGGGACGUCACCUCUCCCGGCCCCAGACCCGAUGACAGGAAACCCGGUAACGGAGGCCCCGGCUGGGGAUCGAAAAGCCACGCCGCUCGUUCUCAUACCUCCAGCUCUGGAGGAUGGCGAGUGGGGGAGGGCGGCCCGGGCCCAGAGUCAGGAGGGUCUGGCUGGGUAGAGCAGAAGACCUUGUCUGGGUGUGGGAACAGCCAGAAGGAGGACCUCUCCAACACCUGGAUCAACCCUCCGAAACCUCAAAAGCAGGUCUGGGGGAUGGGUGGUGGAGACCGCUCCAGAGGAGGAGGCAGCAGCUACUGGGGUCAGCCCCAGAAGACUAGCGUGUCUGGGGGAUGGGACCGCGACCUUGCAGGGACUGCAGGAUGGGGCGAGCCCGGCCGCCCGGCCGACACCAACACGCACCCCGACGGAAGCACCAGCACCUGGGGUGGCAGCGGAGGGACCCCUGACCACCCCAGCAACCCUCAGUCUGGCUGGGGAGAGCCCCCUGUAUCCAACUCCGCCGGACACAAACCCCAGAACCACCAGACCCAGGGAGGGUGGGACGAGCCAGCCAUGAAGCCCGGCCACCCCUCUCAGAGCUGGGGAGACCCGGCCGAGUGGGGUGAAGAUCCAGACGCCAACCCGGACCCUAGAGGACCUCCACCAGGCGGUGCCCACCCCUCCAAACCCAGCGGAUGGACUGGGGUGGCGGUCCCAGCUGGACCCUCCCACAAGGAGGAGGAGUCAUCGACAGGGUGGGAGGAGCCUAGUCCAGAGUCGGUGAGGAGGAGGAUGGACAUCGAUAACGGCACCUCGGCGUGGGGAGACCCCAGCAAAUACAACUGUAGCGGGGGCAAUAAGUGGAACAAGAACAGCCAAUCAGAGCAGGAUGCCAUGGUCACGACCAAACCCCCCCAGCCCCAGCAGCAGCCCCCACCACCCCUGAACAACAUGGCCAACAAGGACAAGACCUGCAGCUCUGGUUGGGGUGAACAGUACACAGGUCCCCAGAAGAUGGAGUCAGGAACGUGGGGUGAUCCGCCAGGCCCGCCCCCCGUCUCCGUGGACAACGGGACAUCGGCCUGGGGGAAACCCAUGGACACCAGCUCCACCUGGGAGGAGCUGAGAGACAGAGGGGACAGAGACAGAGGGGACAACUCUGCGACAGGAGGCUGGGAAGGACCUGGAGCACAGAACCACCACAAACCUGGUCCCAAGCCCAUGCAGCAGGAGAGUAGUACCUGGUGUGGGGAGGAGGUGUCGUGCCAGGCCAGUUGGGAACCGGAGGAGGAGCUAGAGAUCGGGAUGUGGAGCAACACCCCAAGUCACCGAGACCGGGACAGAGACCGGGACAGAGAGAACCACAGAGACCGGGACAGAGACGGUCACAGAGAGAACCACAGAGACGGUCACGGUCAGGACAACAGGAACAACGGGCCACAGCAACACAGCUGGAACUACAUGAAGAAAAUCCCUCCCAAGAUCAACAAAUCGGUGAACAAGCAGGAGGAUGCCUGGAUGAACCAGUUCGUCAAACAGUUCAACAACAUGAGCUACCCUAGAGACUCUCCUGAAGACUUGUCGAAGAGCAAUAAGAUGGAAGGAGGAGGGAUGAUGUCUGACAAGCGUAUGGAUGUGAACAUGGGAGAGUACAGUGGAGCGAUGGGGAAAAACUCAGCUUCCAGGCACCAGACCCACAAAGAGCCUUCCAUGGAGAGAAGCCCUUACUACGACAAGAAUGUAAACUCCAUGUAUGGCAGCAGUGCAGUACCAUCUCAUAACGCUCCCCUCAACUCAGCCCAGAACAAUCUCCGUAACCAAGUGCCUCCACCCGUCCUGUCCUCUCAGGUCCCUCCCUCUCUCCUGAAGUACCCUCCCAGUGCAGGAGGCCUGAACCUGUUUGGUCCACAGCAAGUAGCUGUCCUCAACCAGCUGUCUCAACUCAACCAGCUGUCUCAACUCAACCAGCUUAACCAGUUACAGCGUCUCCUCCUCCAGCAGUCUCAGCAGCAGAGUCAGAGACCGAUGUCUGUUGGACAGCAGCAGAGUCACAGACCCAUGCCUGUGGGACGCCAGCAGGACCAGCAGGGCCGUCCUAUUGGUUCGUCCCAGUCGAUGAUGCAGCCUCCGCAACACCUCGACCACUCCCUCUUGAAGCAGAACCCCGCCCACCAGCCCCUCAAGUCCUACAUGGACAACUACAUGCCCCAGAAUGCAUCUGAGCUGCAGAAGGAGCCCAACCACAUGGGCUCCUUUACCAACUUCCCUUUAGGCUUGAACUCUAACCUGAAUGUAGGCCUUGACACGGGGUCUGGCUGUAAGGAGCCUCAGUCUCGUCUGAAGAAGUGGACGGCCUUGGACGUGUCUGUUAACUCACCUCUGGAGCACAAGCCUGGUGCCAUGUCGUCUGGGCUGCGUCUGGAGGAUUCUCCCUUCGGUCCCUAUGACUUCCUGUCUGCUGGCUCCGCCCCCCUAUGCUCUCCUGGCCAAUCAAUGGGCUCGGUGGGCGAUAGCUGGCCCCCUCGUGCCAAAUCCCCCCAUGGAAACACCAAUGUUACCUGGCCCCCAGAGUUCCGGCCCGGGGAGCCAUGGAAAGGUUACCCCAACAUCGACCCUGAGACUGACCCUUUCGUGACCCCUGGUAGUGUCAUCAACAACCUCUCCAUCAACACCGUCCGCCAUGUAGACCACCUCAGAGACCUGACAGGUAACACACACUGUCCUUCUCCAGUCAGGUCCGGAGAGUCUAAAUGGUCUCCAGCAGGAUGUAACUCCUCUCUGGCCCAUGAGCUGUGGAAGGUCCCUCUGGCUCCUAAAGGUCUUUCAGCCCCUUCGCCCCCUCCCGGCCUCACCAACCAGAAACCCCUCCACCCUGGGGGAAGCUCCUCUCCGCUUGGGGGCUGGGGGCACUCUGACUCCAGAUACACACCUGGUUGUAGUUGGAGUGACGGUAGCAGCAGCUCAGGGAGAACCAACUGGCUCGUUCUCAAGAAUCUCACAACUCAGAUGGAUGGUUCUACUCUGAGGACUCUCUGUAUGCAACAUGGUCCUCUGAUUACAUUCCACCUCAACCUGCCGCAGGGCAAUGCUGUCGUGUGUUACAGCUCCAAGGACGAGGCAGCCAAGGCACAGAAGAGUCUGCACAUGUGCGUACUAGGGAACACUACCAUUCUGGCUGAGUUUGCCAGUGAGGAGGAAAUCAACCGUUUCUUUGCACAAGGUCAGUCAUUGGCCGCUGCCUCCCCGGGCUGGCAGGCCAUUGGCUCCUCUCAGAGCCGAAUGGGCGGAGCCUUGGAGGGUUCCCACCCCUUCCCCAGCCGCGCCCCGGAGCCCAGUCAAUGGAACGUCAGCGACCUCCAUAGCUCCUCCCUUUGGGGCGGGUUGAACUAUUCCACUAGCCUAUGGGGCGCCAGCGAGGGCGGGAGGAUCAACAGCCCUUCUCCAAUCAGCUCCUUCCUCCCCGUGGAUCACCUGACAGGGGGCGGGGACUCCAUGUAAAGCCCGUCAGUCGAGUGUCAAACGCUGGAUUAGUAUUACGAUUAGUAUUAGGAUUAGUAUUAGUAUUAGUAUUAGGAUUAGUAUUAGUAUUAGGAUUAGGAUUAGGAUUAGUAUUAGUAUUAGGAUUAGGAUUAGGAUUAGUAUUAGGAUUACGAUUAGUAUUAGUAUUAGGAUUAGUAUUAGGAUUAGGAUUAGUAUUAGUAUUAGUAUUAGUCUCAAACACAAAGAAAAAAAAGUCCAAGACCAAAAAACAAAAUGGCUCCUUCUCACUUACAAAUAUACAGGAAGGGGGGAUCACUCCGUGGAAAAUACAUACAGGAAGUAGG